AUGUCAGAAGAACUCACCAGGGUCGACUCCGCCGUCGCUGGCCUGACGAUAACGGCCAAGGACGAGAAACCAGUCCAGGUCACCAAGGACACCAAAGAGACCAAGGAGACCAAGCACAGACGUCACUCGUCCACCGCGGACGGCGUCUACAACAUCAAGGAACUCGAGGAGAAGAAGAUCGAAUUGACCCUGCCCAUUGAGACACAACGCACAGGAUGGAAGCUCAACACCUCCCCAUCCACCGUCGAAGACAAGGACAUCCUCAAACUCCACCUCGUCAACCCUCCGGUCAAGAAGAUCGACCUGCACUUCCCCUUGGGCCUGGAGGUCACGGCCCGCAACAUGAAGGGCGUCACGAUAAAGGAUGCGCUGGACGCAAUCUACAAGCAGUUCAAGAAACAGUCUGACGACGUAUUGACCGAUCCCUACCUCAAAGGUUUCGAGUGGGACAAGGAUGAGUGCUGGACACGCCUCAUUGUCCACCAGACCAAGCAGGGUCCCCCGGCCCAGCCCAGCAGCAAGAAGUCCAAGAAGAAGAAGAACGAGGACGCAUAG